GUGGGGAAGAAGUGAAGAAAUGACACUCACGAGGCGAGUCUCAUCCCAUUUUGCUGGGUUUUUAAAGAGCUCUUUCAAAUCUUACAGAUUACAGGGAUAUCGAUCCUCUUCUUCCUCUCUCACCCAUGGCAUCCACGUCUUCCACUGCCCCGAUCAAGUUGGGAUAGUUGCAAAGCUAUCAGAAUGUAUAGCUUCUAGGGGAGGAAACAUACUUGGGGCUGAUAUCUUUGUCCCCGAAAAAAAGAACGUCUUUUAUUCCAGAAGUGAGUUUGUUUUUGACCCUUUUAAAUGGCCUCGGGAGCAAAUGGAUGAAGAUUUCCUAAAUCUUUCGAAAGUGUUCAGUGCUACGAGAUCUGUUGUUAGGGUCCCUGACCUCGAUCCCAAGUUUAAAAUUGGCAUCCUUGCUUCAAAACAGGACCAUUGCCUGGUUGAUUUGCUAUAUAGAUGGCAGGAGGGUAGGCUUCCAGUUGAUAUUACUUGUGUGAUAAGUAAUCAUGAAAGAGGUCUAAACACCCAUGUCUUGCGCUUUCUCCAAAGGAAUAAAAUUCCAUAUCAUUAUUUGCAUACUACAAAAGAGAAUAAAAGAGAAGGGGAGAUCUUAGAGUUAGUUCUAGAUACCGACUUUCUAGUACUUGCCAGGUAUAUGCAGAUUUUAUCUGGUCAUUUUUUGAGGACAUAUGGGAAGGAUGUAAUUAACAUUCACCAUGGCCUUUUGCCAUCAUUUAAGGGUGGGAAUCCAUCUAAACAGGCUUUUGAUGCAGGCGUGAAAUUGAUUGGUGCGACAAGUCACUUUGUGACUGAAGAACUUGAUUCGGGACCUAUUAUUGAGCAAAUGGUUGAAAGAGUUUCUCACAGAGACAAUUUGCUGAGUUUUGUGCAAAAAUCAGAGAACCUUGAGAGGCAAUGCCUUGCAAAGGCUAUUGGAUCAUACUGUGAGCUGCGAGUGCUACCAUAUGAGGAAAACAGGACUGUUGUAUUUUAAGAGUGAAAAUCAGAAGAUAAAGCAGUGCUAAAGGACGAGGUUGGGGUAUUAUGCACCUGACAUUAGUCAUUUAGAUUGCCUAGAAAAGCGAUUCUCCUCCAUGCAUCUCUAAAUGCAUAUGAGAACAGUCCAAAGUCCUGCAAAGAGAUGGUUUUUUUCAAUAUGGGGGAUCUAAUUCAUCUUCCUCUGCCUUUUUCCAAAUAAGAGGAAAAUUUGGUGCAGUUAACUUCCUGAUACAGGAUUAUUUGCUUAGUGAGUUUUAUCUAGUUAGUGUGCCAUAUCAAUAAUCAAAUAUCAAGCUAAUCAAGUGGUUGAGCAAGCUCUGAGCAGGUACCACGUUAUCGAAAUUGCAGUUUUUUCAUAGUGAUUGUGGGGUUUCUUUUAAUAAAUAAAUG